AUGGCUGUGACGGCCGACGAAGAAUGCUAUAAAGUAUUGCAAGCCUUACGAAAACGUCUACGGAAGUUUAUCGAUGAGGCCAAAGUAGGCAGGAAUGAUUUGAAUCGAAUAUUUGCGGAAGACUGGUGGCCAUUGUCAUUUCUUCUUGCAUAUCAUUAUGACAUAGAUGUGACGUAUGCCGUGAUUGUUGAAUGUCUGAAAUGGCGACGCUCCUUCUCUGUUGAUAAUAUCAGUUUGUUGGAACUAAAGCCAUUAUUAGAUAAAGGUUUAGCCUACAUACACGGCAAAGAUUGUAAUGGCUCAUCAAUACUUUGGAUAAAUAUGCGGCAACAUGUUAUCGGACAACAAAACAGUGAUAAGUUGAUAAUUUAUUGGCUUGAACGUCAUACGAUGGGAUUGCAAGCAGCACCGAUUACAUUGUUAUUUGACAUGUCAUCGUGCUGCUUACAAAAUAUGGAUUUGGAUUUGAUUAAAUUCAUCAUUCAUUCAUGCAAAUAUUACUAUCCAAGUUGUCUAACAUCACUGCUAGUUUUUGAAAGUCCGGGACUCUUGAAAGCAUCCUGGAUCCUGCUACGUACGUGGAUGUCACCUGAAAUACAACGUCUUCUUCAACAUGUUAAGCGUUCUUCACUUUCAGCGCAUGUACCAUUGCCAUCUAUUCCGAAACGUUAUGGUGGCGAGGACAAUUUUACGUUCACAAUGGAUGAACUUGCUAGAUGCAUACCAUUACAGUCACCUUCGACUGAACAUAUCAAUUACAGUCAGCAACAAAACGAUAUUGCAGACAGUGAUGGUACAGCAUAUUUCAGUAACUUGAGCCCUAAACGGUCUGUCACAUUUGAGGAAGAAGACAUAAGCCGUUGCACUUCGUUAACUUCCGCAUUACAGCCUGUACCUUCCAGUACUAAGCGGAAUGGCUUGCCUCAAGCUUUACGACCUCUGGCUGAAGCACGCUUAAAUACUCCAGCCAAAGAUUAUGCUAAGAUCAAAUUUCUCUCCAUCUGUCCACGUGAAGAGUUAACAAUGGAUCACGUAAAUGGUGAAAACGAUAUGGCGGAUGUCGUGGUUUUGAAGAGCGAAAGUGCUAAAAAUGUUGCAUAUAAAAUCAAAAUCACUUCACCGGAAAAAUUCCGCGUACGUCCAAGCACUGGGAUUAUUGCUCCCGGUGCUACUGAAUUCAUCCGAGUUUACUUACAGGAUGAAUUCCGAAAUUCAGUACCACGUGAGAAAUUACUUCUCAUGGCAGUUGAAACUAGCGGAGAAAGCAAUGAAAAUUUUGGAAAUAUCUGGAAACAUUCGAAUGAAGAAGCAAAAAUAGAGCACAAGCUGCGAUGCAAUACUGGUGAACACGCUGGAGGCACGGAUGGUUUACCGACAAAAUAUCAUUAUGAUCUCGUUGGCAUUUAUCAUCGUGCUUCAAUUACUAUCUCUCAUUUGGCAGAAUCGACACUUUGCAUCAAUUUUAAAUAUUCAAAAAGAUUUCUGCUCCAAAUUUACAUCUCCUUCAAAUAA